CGGAAUUACCCUCUUUGUCUGGGAAAGCAACCAUUUACUGGUUUCCAUCAAAGCAUCACCAUGUCUUGGUUCGGUUUGGGUGGCAGCAGCACACCGAAGGAAGAGCCCGUGUCGUCGUACUCGGACUCUACUUUUUCCUCGUUGGAUGAACAGCCAAGCACGAACUACACGUCUGCCGUCUCGAGCAGCGGCGGAACCAGCGUGAACGACAUCAUCAUGGAGGAGCAGCAAAAGGUGUUGGUGCAACAAGCCAUCGCCAAGAUCACGGCGAUUGCGUGGGACAAAUGCAGUGCGGCCAAGCCCGACACGUCGUUGUCCAGCAGUGAAGUCACGUGCAUGCAAAACGUCGCGUCGUCGUACUUGGACUCGAGCAUGUUCAUCAUUCGAAAGCUCAACGGCGGCAGAUAGACACCUGUCCCAACAGUGGGCAUCUGUAGCAAGACGCGACCUGUGUGUUAACAUGCAUUCGUGUUGCUUUAUUGAACAAACCAUGUCCUUAAGGAAAUCACGCCAACGACA